AUGUCUCAACCGAGUCCCCCAACUCCCGCAGGACAUGUGUCCUGUCCAGACAGGCGGACGCGGCGACACACCAGCUUCUGUGAAUCUACGUCGGGCAGGGAGGGCGUUCAGCGAGUGUCCGCGAAUGAGCAAAAGGACUUCAGGCCAUCGUGGGGUCCGGAGGGGACCGGUCUCAGGCAGGCCCGCUCCGAGGCGGCGGCGGAUCGCACUCAGGUCCUGGGGCUCAGCGACGCCGGGAGGGAGCAGAUGAGAUUCUGCUGGGACUCGGCGCCACCGCCACCGGGAGGCUCCCAGGGUGCAAGGCAUCAGGGGCAGGGUCUCUCAGCACCCGGGGUCGGCACCCGGGUCGUCAACCCCAGUUCCAGGUGCGAAGGGCGAGCUGAGGUGGUGGAGGAGACACGGGAAGUGAGGCGGUCAGGUGGAGCCACGGUUGCACUCCUGCGGACGGGGGCUGGAGACUUGGAUGGCCCACGGGUUGUGAAGUUAUCAAAGAUAGUCUCUUCCCAGCCAAAGGUGUUGACCCCCUGUCGGAGUGACGUCCUGGUCUUAACCCCUUGGCUGGCUCCCAUUGUUUGGGAGGGGACCUUCAACAUUGACAUCCUGAAUGCACAUUUCCAGCUCCAGAACAUCACCAUUGGACUAACUGUGUUUGCUAUCAAAAAGUACAUGGUCUUCCUGAAGCUGUUCCUGGAGACUGCAGAGAAGUACUUCAUGGUGGGACACAGAGUCAAUUACUAUGUCUUCACUGACCGGCCAGCUGAUGUCCCGCAUGUCCCCCUUAAGGAGGGCCGGCAGGUGGUAGUCCUCCAGGUCCGCAACUACACCCGCUGGCAGGAUGUGUCCAUGCACCGCAUGGAGAUGAUCAGCAACUUCUCCGAGCAGCGGUUCAUGCAUGAGGUGGACUACCUGGUGUGUGCAGAUGUGGACAUGCAGUUCAGUGACCACGUGGGCGUAGAGAUCCUCUCCUCCUUGUUUGGCACUCUCCACCCUGGCUUCUAUGCUGCUGAUCGCAAGGCCUUCACCUAUGAACGCAGGCCCCAGUCCCAAGCCCAUAUCCCCUGGGGUGAGGGGGACUUCUACUACAUGGGGGCCUUUUUCGGGGGCUCAGUGCUGGAGGUGCAGAGGCUCACCAAGGCCUGUCACCAGGCGAUGAUGGUGGACCACACCAAUCACAUCGAGGCAGUGUGGCAUGACGAAAGCCACCUGAACAAGUACCUGCUGUAUCACAAGCCCACCAAGGUGCUCUCCCCCGAGUACCUGUGGGAUGAGCAGCUUCUGGGCCGGCCCCCUAUUAUGAAGAAGCUGCGAUUCGUGUCCGUGCCCAAGAACCACCAGAUCAUCCGGAACUGA